AUGAGAAGACUAAGGCGUCAGCGCAUCAAAAGGGUCAUACUUGUUUAUAUGACAUUGAUAUUAAUGUAUGCUUUAACAGUCAUAUUUUCAAGAGUGAAUGAAGACGCAACAGGAGUGUUUGACAGACAACGAUUGACAGUAAAAUAUGACAUUAAUUGUUCAGCAAUAUAUGACAUGGAACCAGCAGAAGUGGGAAAAUCUUUGACCGUCCGUAAAAACAAAAACUAUGUGAUGCUAACUGACAUGAGUAUUGUAAAUGCCAUUUCUGAUUGUAAUCGAUUUAUAGCAUCAAAGGGUUAUGAUGCGGUACAAGGCUCUGAAUUUGAACGUGAAUUUCCUCUUGCUUACUCUUUGGUCGUUCAUAAGGAUGCCGAUCUUGUGGAGAGGUUGCUAAGGACCAUUUAUAUGCCACAUAAUGUUUACUGCAUACAUUAUGACCUGAAGUCUUCAGAUGACUUUAUUUCAGCGAUGCAAGGUCUGGCCCGCUGCAUCCCUAAUGUCUUUAUUGCCUCAAAACUGGAGAGGGUGCAGUAUGCAGGCAUCUCACGCCUCCAAGCAGAUCUCAAUUGUCUGUCUGAUCUCCUGGAGUCUGAGGUGAAGUGGAAGUAUGUCAUCAAUCUGUGUGGUCAGGACUUUCCACUGCGGACGAAUGCUGAACUGGUGUCAGAUCUAAAGAAGCUUAAUGGCACGAACAUGGUGGAGAGCAAGCGACCAGGUGGAAAAGUAUGGCGCUGGACCUUUCACCACGAGCUGAAAAAUAACACUGAGUACUACGAGUCACCUAUUAAAACUUCUGAGAAGAAACCUCCACCACCUCAUAACAUAGAAAUGUUUGUGGGCAGUGCAUACUUUACACUCUCACGGGAAUUUGCACUUUUUGUUCAGCUGAAUUGUCUAGUCAGAGAUUUCUUGGUUUGGUCUGAGGACACAUACUCACCUGGGGAUGAACAUUUUUGGGCAACUCUGGUUCGUGUGCCCGGAGUACCAGGAGAGGUGCCAAGAUCUGACCCUGAUAUCUCAGAACUGACAAGUAAAACCCAUUUGGUGAAGUGGGAAUAUUUAGAAGGGAGUCUUUACCCACCAUGCACUGGUGAGCACAUGCGGUCUGUGUGUAUUUUUGGUGCUGCUGAGCUCAGAUGGCUUCUUGACUAUGGUCACUGGUUUGCUAAUAAAGUGGACCCAAGAGUGGAUCCUAUUCUUAUUGAAUGUUUAGAAGAAAAGCUUUUAGAAAACAACUGAUGUCUGUAUUCAUCUGCAGUUAAAAGUACUGCUACUUUUAAAAGGCAACAAAGUAAAAGUUUAGCAGUUUCUAGUAAAUAACAUGAAAGUAUAGUGCAUGAAAACGUGAAAUGUUUGGGGAAAGAAAGUUUUUUAAGUGGGAUUUUGUAAUCUUUUUGUGAAUUUAAUUUUCUUUUACUAGUCUUACCUUUUUCUCAUUGCAUGCACACAACAGUGCAUGCAACUUUAUUUUGCUUAUUUACAUUAGUCAUUUAGCAGGCACAAAAAAAACAAAAGAAACAUUUAAAGCAACACAAGAACAA